GAUGUAUUUUUGGAACGACAAGCACUAUUAUAUUAGACAGUUGUAUGUCACUGCAUAUUAAUCUAGUAAAUUUUUCUGAACAAUAAUAGUAAUAAGGAAAAGCAAAUAUAUGUAGUACGUUUAUGUGAUUAAUAUUUUAUUUUACCAUUGAAUGGAAUUUUAUCGGAACAGUUCAGUUACUCAUUGUUUAAAAAAUUUAAAAGUGGUUUAUAAAAUUUAUUUUGUUCAUUAUUCAUCUACCUAUUUUAGUAUCAUAAUCGCAAAGUAGAAAAGUAGAAUAUCAAAAAUAUAAAGACUGAAAAUCUAUAAUGGUGCAUAUAACGUUGAAAUCAAAUCAAAUAUUUACAACAAAUAUUGUAGCAAAAGUAAUUCUUAUUCUGUUGCUUAUACAAAUUAUAUUUACAGGUUCCUCAAGUGCUAUCAAAUGUUUUAAAUGUGCUGUGACAGUUGAAAAAAUCUAUUCAUAUUCAAAAAAUGCCACAAUUAUUACACCAAUGUGCUCAAAAUUCGAUGAAUCAGACGAAUACAUAGUUGAUUGUCCCUACUCCACGAUGUGUCUUAAAACAAUUUCAACACUACAUCUACAAAAUGGCCAGCAACAAGAGACAUUUACACGUGGGUGUGCCCCGCAAAAGGAUACAAAACAAGUCUUCAAUAACGGUCGAUGGCAUCAGGAGCAUUCAGUGCAAGAAGUCUACGAAGAAGGCUGCGGUGAUAUUAAAGAAAAUACAAUUGCUGCUUCGUUGAAAACUCUUUGUUACUGCCGAGGAAACUUGUGCAAUUCGUCAAAACAGUUACUACUCAGUACGAAUUCACUGACUGUGAUAGCGUUAUUAAGUGCUUUGCUAUAUUUAUAAAACUAUAACUUAUCAUGCAUAUACUAGUGAAUUUAAAAGUGCUUUUAGAUACUAGAGACGUUCGGUUCUAUAUUGUAAAAUUCAUGUAUAUACUGAUGGAACAUUUACUCGAAUUUAAAACGAAAAACUUAUAAUUUAUCUUUUUUUUUAACUAAGUAUAUAAAACUAUUGUGUUCUUUACAAAGACUUGUAAUUUUUCUCUCCUUUACAGUUUACUGUAUAUUAAAAAAAAAGUAUUGUGAUAAUAUGUAUGUAUAUUCUAAAUGUGUGUGAAUAAAAGAACUGCUAUUUAAACACAUAAAA